CUAACCGAAACUCACUCACAUUUAAUGCCGUUGACUCCUCGUUGAGAAAAAUAAAAGAAUCCGAUGGUGUGGUGUGGAUUGAUUGUUUUUGGGCCCAAAUCUUCUUCUUGGACGGACAUAUCUGUAUUCCUCCUCCACCACCAUCACUCUCCACAGCAUACAACUUCUUCUUUUUCAAAAAUCUCAGACAAAAAUCGAAUCGAAUCGAAUCAAUCAAUCAGUCUCUCUAUCUCUCUCUGUGGCUGCUUAUCCAAAAAUCCCUAAUUCCAAAAGGUAUUCAGUUGAUCUAUAAGAUUUUAUCUUAGUGAAUGGCAUCUUCGAUAGAAUAACUAGGUCUUAACGGAAAACUCCCGUCAGGAAUUUAUAACAUCAUGGCACGUAAGGGAAAUCAACACAAGAAUGGGUUGGAUAGGAAUACAUCAAAUCAGAAAAGUAGGGAUCCAGAGACAUAUGCGGAUUCUGUAAAAGUGGAUAAAAAGGAAACAGUGGAACUAAGUGAUGGCAAAGCAGUUGGUAGUGAGCAACUUCCAAAUGGUGGUUCAAAUGCUAAGAGACGGAAUAAGAAAAGAAGUGUGGGAGAAGGAAAAGAUAACAAACAGAGACCCAAAGAAACAUUCGUGGAAGAUAAGCAGAGGGUUGAUACAAAGGUGGAUAUUCUGCAAUCGGCAUCUAUCUCUAGUGGACCAAGAGAAGUUGAUGGACAUGUGGACAGGUCUGACGCUUCUGAUUUUUCUGGAGAGAAUGGACCAUCAGUUAUUGGUGACCAGAGAUUGAGAACUCCAGUGGACAGCAUAAGGCAUGGAUUUCACUCAGCAAAUAUGAGGGAAAGUCCAGGGUCUUCAGAUACCAUACUUGGUAGAAAUUUGGGAGAGUUAGUUGUAUCCCUUUUGAAGGUAGUCAAUGGAUGGCUUGAAAGGAAGAAGCCAUUGCUUACUAGCAUAACAACCAUCUUGAUGGAUACCCGCGAUUAUGUUCGUCUCAAGAUUUUGCAAGCAUACCCUAUUGUUUGCAGGUGGCUCAUGCAUUUGGGUAAUCUAGUUAUGCUUGUAUCUCUGGUAUGGCUGGAUUGUAGUCUUCGGGGCCUUGGUUCGUUUUUGCGUUUGGGUACAACAUCCUUUUUUGCCGUCAUUUGGUGUGGCAUUUUCUCGGUAUUUGCAAUGAUUGGGUUAUGGAAGUUUCUUAUGAUCAUGGGAGUUGCUAUUGCCUUAGCACUUUUUGUUGGCUUCAUACCUGGAAUUUUGGUACUUGCCAUUUCUGCAGCUGUUUCUCUAUGGAUAUGUGGGAGCUUUUGGACAACAGGUCUUGUCAUUGUUGUUGGAGGAGGCGGAUUUUUAUUAAAAAGUGAACGCUUUGCUCUCUUAAUAACAACUACAUAUUCUGUGUAUUGUGCCUGGAUAUACGUGGGUUGGUUUGGUUUGUUUGCUGCCUUGAAUGUAUCUUUUAUCUCGAGUGAUGUUCUGAUACACUUUCUCAAAAACAACGUAAGCGAGCAUGGAAGGUCCUACGAACGAAAUCCCAAUAUGCAAGGCCCACCUGGUUCCUUCUCUGCGGCGCCCAUGAAUUCUUCUCCUUUUGAAGCUGGUUUCGGGAAACCAGCAGAUAGAAAUGCAGGAGAACCUUCAACUAGUGGGUCUGAGGCUGAGCUGACAUCUGAGGAAGAAGUUAUCCGGUUGUUAAAUUCACCCGAUCACUAUUCAGCUCUGGGAUUGGCUCGUUAUGAGAACAUGGAUAUGACGUUACUUAAACGUGAAUACAGAAAAAAGGCAAUGCUUGUCCACCCUGAUAAAAAUAUGGGGGAUGAAAAGGCUGUAGAAGCCUUCAAGAAACUUCAGAAUGCAUAUGAGGUUUUACUCGACUCUUUGAAGCGUGAAGCAUAUAAUGAUGAAUUGAGGAAAGAGGAGCUACUAAACUGGUUCCGGAGAUCCCAAAGUUCAUCUCAGAUGAGUGGGAGACAUGAUCACUUUGCUUCUGGAUUCACACAAUUUGAGGGUGAUGAUGGCGAGCCCCUUGGAGAUUUCAGACGAAUAGCCUGCAGAAAGUGCCGUCAGUUUCACGUAUGGGUUCUUGUCAAUAGACCAAAAUCUCAAGCAAGAUGGUGCCAGGAAUGUAAUGAUUGUCAUCCAGCUAAAGAUGGAGAUGGAUGGGUUGAACAGUCCUCUAAACCCUUUUUCUUCGGAAUGCUGCAGAAGGUGGAUGCACCCUUGGCAUAUGUUUGCGCUGAAAGCAGGAUUUAUAAUGCAACAGCAUGGUUUAGUUGUCAGGGGAUGAGAUGUCCAGCCAACACUCACAAACCAAGCUUCCACGUGAACACUAGUGUGACAUCGUCUAAGCAUGGACCGACAAAGGGAAAUGGUGGUUCAGGACAAAAGUGGGCUGGUGGCAUUCCACCUAACAUGGACGAGAACAUGACAGAGGAUGAAUUUGUGGAGUGGUUGCAAAACGCAAUGCAGUCUGGCAUGUUUGAAGCUGCUGCUGGUAAUCCACCUCAGCCAGAUAGCCCCUUCUCUGGUGCAAAAAACUUCAACAAAACUCCAGGAAGUGGCGCAGGUGGUAGCAGUAGUAGCGGCAAUAACAAGAAGAAGAGGAAGGGAAAAAAGCAAUGGUAACUCUGAAAACCUCAAAUUUACAGUCACAAAGGGAAUGGAUUGGUAUUAGUAACUAAUCUAACCCUACAUUUUGAACAGAGGCUCCAUAUGUUGUAAACAGGGGAACUCUAAUACUAGUUAUGGAUGACAAAAGAGAAAGCCAUUAUUAUGGAGUUUUAAAAUUCCUUGAGAAUUUUAAAAUUACUCAUUCAGCUAUGUAAAAAUCAAAUGUUUUCUUUUUAGUUGCAAAAUUUGUUUUGUUUUUCGGACCAAAGAUCAAACACUAAUGGCACAAGGUUAUUCCUGCCA